AUGUCUUUAAGACAUGUAUCUCCAAGAAGCAAAGCACCACCACCACAACCAUCUCUACAACAAUCAAACAGUAUCUCAUCUGAAAGAGAUUACAAUUAUCAUACUAAACAUUCAUAUGAUCUAUACAAUACUACUAAUAAUACUACUACUCAUUAUUAUCUGAUUGAUAAACCAUAUAAACAUAACAAAUCUAAAUAUAACAAUGUUUAUCUAUCUCAUAAUAAAUUAUUCGAUAUAUUAAAUGUUACAAAUGAUAGAAGAAAUCAUCAAUUCUUAAAACAGACUACAUCGAAAUUGGAUACUUCUAUAGAUACCUAUUCAAUCCCAUCCAAAUUGCGUUCAAUGCAGAAUUACGGCGCAAGUGUUUCAUCGGUCAAUAAUUGUACUACCAAUACUACCACCACUACUACUACGACUACUACUACCACUAUUAUUACCACUACUACUAAUAAUAAUAGUAAUAAUAUGAGUAAGGAAUCGUUUGAAAAUUCAAAUUUAAAAAAUCGAUAUUCUAAAUCAAUUCAUUGCCAAUCACCUAUUAUACAUGUACGAAAUCAUAUGCAUCAUAUUAGUAACCAUAGUAACAGUAGUAAUAAUAAUGGUACUAUUAAUCAUAAUCGAUUAAAUGAUGGAUUUAAUUUCCUUAAACAUGUUCAUAAAUCAAAAAAAUAUUUAAAUAUACGUCAAUAUUCAAUCAAUAAUUCAUAUGAUGAUGUAAUCAAUUUGAAUAAAUUAACUGAUUCGAAUCAUUAUUUAUGUUCGGGAUUACGUUCACAAGAUAAUUUAUCAUUGAAUAAAUAUGUAUUACCAUCCUAUAGACAAGAGAAUUCAUUUGUAAAAUAUAUCACUUUGGAGAAUCAUAGUAACAGUAAUAGUAAUAGUAAUAGUACUAAUAGUCUUCAACAACAACAUCGUCAUCAGACGUAUCAACGAAAUCAAAGACAAUCAUUGUUAAUACAAAAUUCCGAUUUAAAUACAUCGAAAUCACAAGUAUUAAAUACUACUACUACUACUACUAACAGCACUGAUAGUAAUCAUAAUCCAUUAUUAACUCGAUCUAUUCAUUAUGAAAUUGAUCAAAAUGACAAAUCGAAAUCGAUAAAUAUCACUACAACUACUACUGCUGGUACAACUUCUUCGAUUACUACAACGAAUAGUUCAGUUGACAAUCUAUCAGAUCAUUUGAUCUCAUCAACAAAACAUCUAUCCAAAUUAGUUCCACCAUUAAUAGGACUUAAUGAAAUCCAUGUAAAUGAUUCACAAACAUUACAACAUGAUCUAUGUAUAAGUAGUAGUAAUAAUGACAAUGAUAAUGAUGAUGUUCAUGAUGAUGAUGAUGAUGAUGAUCUAAGUAAUCCAUGUCAUAGUCAACGUGAUCAAGCUAUCAAUAAUAAUAAUGAUCUAUUAAUCAAUAAUCAUAAUCAUUGGCAAGAUUCAAUACAAUCCACUUGUUGGUUACCAAAAGUUGCUAUGAAUUCAAAUCGUACAAAAUGUGAUGAAAUUUUAUCAACAAAUUGGAAUUUAUUAACAAUGAAAAAUUGGAAAUCUGAUCAAGAAUUAAAACGUAAAAUGGGUUUACUGAAUCCUCAUCAUCAUAAUAAAUUAGGAGGAGGAGGAUUUUGGUUUCGUGAAAAAGCAUUCAAUCAUACAAAACCCUUUAUUACUGGUAGACGAAGAAUAGAACAACAACAACAACAACAAUCAAAAGGAAUGUCAUUUAGUGCUAUAGUGAAUCAUUGUCCAUUGAUUAAUCAAUAUUUACCAUCAAAUAAAGUGUUACACUGUCAAUUCGAUACGGGACCAAUGGAACAAACUGAAAUUUUUAGUUUACCUGAAGCCAAGUCUAAAUUUUCACUUGAUAAUUCACUUCUAAGCUCAAAUCGAAUUUCUUCAAUACACAAUAAUAAUACUACUAAUAAUACUACUAAUACUACUACUACUACUACUAAUAGUAAUAAUAAAAAGGUUAAAAAUACCAAAUCUCUCAUACAAUCGAAUAAUGAUUCAAUGGAUGAUUUCAAUAAAACAAUCAAAUGUAAAUUCAAUCAAUUACAAUCAGAUACAAAUGAUACACCCUUAUCAUCAUUAUUAUCUAUUCAAAAUACACAACAUUUUAUAACAAAAUACCCAGAUACUAAAUUAUAUUUAAAUGAAAAAGCCCCAGCAACAACAACAACAACAAUUAUGAAUGGGUCAAAUGUGAUUCAACAAUCAAAGGAUAAUCUCUCUUUAAAAACCAAUCAACCUAAUGAAUAUACACCAUCAUUAUCAUCAUCAAGACGAUAUCAACAAAGUCAACAAUGCACUCAUCAUAGUGAUUAUGAUAAUGGAAUACAGUUGAAAGAUAUUUCAAAUCAUGAAUUAAUUAUACCAUUACAUACUACUAAUAAUAAUAAUACUAAUACUACUACUACUACUACUACUAAUAAUAAUAAUAAUAAUAAUAACAAUAAUAGUAAUGGUAAUCAAUUAUGUACCGAUGAUGUAAUAAAGGAUAAAUUCAAAGAAAAAUCAAUAUUAAUUGAAUCACAAAAAUUAAAUAAUAAUCAACAACAAAAUGAUAAUGAAUUAAUAAAAUUUAAUGGAAAAAUUAAUAUACCAAUGACACCACAUACUGCAUUAAAUAUAUAUGGCAAGAAAUUAACAUCAUAUGAAAAGGAGGAAAUAUUGAACUUUAACAAAAUCUGGUAUCUUGGUUUAUCUGCACAAAAAAUCGAUGCCAUUCAAGGAUCUCCAAGUAAUCAUGGUUAUGAUGAUGAAACUGGUGGUUAUUUAAAAAUAACCCAUGAUCAUAUCGCUUAUAGAUUUCAAACAUUGGAAACUUUGGGUAAAGGUUCAUUUGGUCGAGUGAUACGAGCUAUUGAUCAUAAAUCAGGAUUUCCAGUUGCAAUAAAAAUUAUUCGAAAUAAAAAGCGAUUUCAUCAGCAAGCUCAAGUGGAAGUAGCCAUUUUAGAGAAUUUAAAAAAAGCUGAUUAUAAAAACAUUCAUAAUAUUAUACAUAUUAGAGAUCAUUUUACAUUCCGAAAUCAUUUGUGCAUUGUUUUCGACUUAUUAGGUUCAAAUUUAUAUGAUCUUUUAAGAAAAAAUGAUUUUCGUGGUUUCACAAUUCAUUCAUUGAAAAAAAUCACAAUUAAAUUACUCAAUUGUUUGUGUUUAUUAAGAAAACAAGGUAUUAUACAUUGUGAUUUGAAACCAGAAAAUAUUCUUAUUGGUUUAAAUAAUCCAUCAGAAUUAAAAGUUAUUGAUUUUGGUUCAAGUUGUUUUGUGAAUCAAAAAACGUAUACGUAUAUUCAAUCACGUUUUUAUAGAGCACCAGAAAUUAUAUUAGGUAUAUCUUAUGGUCCACCAAUUGAUAUGUGGAGCUUAGGUUGUAUUCUACCUGAAUUAUAUACAGGUCGUCCAUUAUUUCCUGGAGAAAAUGAAAAUGAACAAUUGGCUUGUAUUAUGGAAGUACUUGGUUUACCAUCUGAAUUACAACUUGAAAAAGCCAGUAGACGAAGAGUAUUUUUCGAUUCAAAACGUACACCAAGAUAUUUAACCAAUAGUCGAGGACGUAAACGUAUACCAGGCACAGAAACAAUAGAAAAUCUAGUCAAAACGGUUGAUUUAAAAUUUAUCAAUUUAUUAAAUCAAUGUUUAACAUGGGAUCCAGAUGAAAGAAUUACACCAAAUGAAGCUUUAAAUCAUGAAUGGAUUAUACGUGAAACUGAACAAUCUAAACAAAAUAAGGCAUAUUUAAUUUUAGGUACUUUUCAACUAUUUUGUUCAAUCAAUUACUCUUUCUAUUUAAUACAAGCAAUAUGUAAUCAAUCCACAGAACUGUUAAUAUAG